GAAAAUUCGGCAAAUGUAGAUUCUAUAACUUUUAAGAAAAAAGUUCAAGAAGAACAGGAAGAUUUUAUGAAACGUAUGACGAAACCGAAUAUGGUUGCUGAGAAUUUUGCUCUUCUUGAGAAUGUGCUCGUGAUUACUGUAUGCAUAUUAACUCGUAUUCCGCUAUUUAUCGUUGGUGCGCCGGGUGCAUCAAAAUCCCUCGCUGUUCGUCUAGUUUUUCAAAGUCUCCGUGGCAAUGAUUCUGAUGACCCCUACUUUAGAACUCUUCCUCAAGUAUACUUAGUUCCUCAUCAAGGAUCAUCAUCUUCGACAUCUGAUGGAAUUGUUAAAGUAUUCAACAAAGCACACAAUUACCAGAAAGGAAACUCGGAAGAAUUUCCAUUAAUCACUGUUGUUUUACUUGAUGAAGUUGGAUUGGCUGAAAAAAGCCUUCAUAAUCCAUUAAAGGUUUUGCACUCUUUGCUCGAACCAAAUUAUCCUUUCGAACUUCCUGAAGUUGCUAUUAUUGGAAUAAGUAAUUGGAGAUUUGAUCAUUCUAAGUCAAGUAGGGCUUUACUACGAGGAUCUUAUUUACACAACGAAAUGUUAUUGGAAAAGAACAAAGAAUUUCAAUUAGUUCAAUUUAAAGCUUUAGCAGAAUCUUAUCUUGAAUACAAGGAGGUUCAGCCUAUCAAUAACUUUCAUGGGCUUCGCGAUUAUUAUUCCUUGGUUAAAAGUCUUGGUGAUGAAGAACUUGCACCAAUGGCGCUAGCAAGAAGUUUUGGGGGAACUAAUCAAACGGAUGAACUUUAUAAAGCUCAUUUUAGUAAGGUUAUAAAGGUGUUUCAUGGCUCUGUAGAUAACUUAAACAGCUAUUCAAUCGAAGAUCUUAUUAAAGGAAAUUUGAAAGAUAAAAACGCACGCCAUUUAAUGAUUAUUGGGAAAAGCAAUUCAAUCGUAGACAUCCUGACAUAUAAAUUAAAACAGUGUAAUAAAGAGUUGAUAGAUAAAGAAUCCAAAUUUAACGAUGGUAAUUUUGAUUUGGAACCACUUGUUAUUUAUGGUAGUCAGUUUCCUGACGAUUCUGGUGAUGAUUAUCAAUAUAGUGUGUUAAGCCGUAUUAUGGAUUUAUAUGUUGAUUUGGAAUUAUUAGAGCUAAAUAUUAUAGAAGAAAUACUUAAUAUAAAAUUAGAUGAAAGUAAAGAGUUUGAUUUUGGCAAUUAUUUAUUAAAACGACAAUCAGACAUUAUGAUUGAUCAGCUCUGUAAAAUUAUUAAGAAAGACAAUAUCAAUAGAGAUGGCGAUGAUUUGGAUGAUAAAGGAGAUAGUAACAAUGACAACAGAAAGCAAGAUAAAGAUGAACAGUAUUCUAAUGCAUAUUGUGAGAACAGCUCAGACAAAAUACAAAUAAGGCUUCAACAUUGGCAACGUGAUGUUGCAAAUAUUUUGUCAAUUGCUUGUAAUUUGUCAAAUUUAUUUGAUAAUCCAUCUUCGAUUGAACUUUCGUUCAAAAACAUUCAUUCUAGUGAUGAAUUAACAGUAAAUAAUAUAUUUAAUACAAUUAUUGAAUAUAAUGAGAAAAUUUCAUUGGUGGGAAUAAUAAUAACAAAGUUUUAUCUUAUUAGAGCAUCACGUGAAUUGAAUGAGAAUGAAGAUAUUUCAAUACAAAAGAUUUCUAAGUACUUACAAUCAUCUCAAUUUCCAGAUCAUUAUAAAACGUAUCUUUUAAACUUUAUGACAAAUAAACAUCAACUAUACAAGCUAAGACCAAAUAGUAAAAACAUUGAUGUAUUUAUUUCAUCAGUUGUAGCUCAUGUCGUAGCGUUGAAUAUUUCAAAUUCUGUUAAUUCAUCCCCUUUAACAGCAUACAUGCAAGCGUUAUGUGAUUAUAAAGACACUUAUAUAUUGACAUGCCCAUCAGAUGAAUUGGCUUCAACAACGAAUGUCAUAAUAGCAAACGAUUCAGGAACAAGAAGAUAUCAGUGUAAAUGUGGAAAUUUUUAUUUUAUCGGCAAUUGCGGACGUCCAGAUGAAAAUGGUAAAUAUAAUCAGUGUAAAAACAACAUUGGUGGUUUAGGCCAUAAACUUAAUGAAGGAAACAGCAGUAUAGAUGAAAAGAAAGUAAACCGACCUAUUGCAGUAAAUGAUGUACAAGGUUAUAUAAUUGAAGAUACAUUUGAUACUAAUUAUACUGUUAGAAGUUUGCAUCCAGCCUCUUAUAGAAUCCUUCAUUUAUUCUUGCAUAUAAUUAUUGGCAUUAAAGCACAUUUACCAACCACCACUGCUUUUAUCAAUAAUAAGAAUAUUGAUAUAACUCAAUACUGUAAACAACACAUUGAAAAUGACUGGAAAGCAUUAAAAAGUAUUUUUAACUGCGAAGAUGAAAAUUUGUCAUUAGUUAUUCAUGCGAUUCUUUCAGAUAUGUCACAAGAAUUUCAGCAGAAUGUAGAAAAAUUUACAUCACCAGCCCAAAGAAAAGAUUGGGAAGAAGGUUUUAGCCAAAAAUAUAUUAUACCAAAAAUAGAAAACUUUAUAGGAACUGCUAAUAAUUUUCGAAUCGCAUUAGACAAGAAUGCAGCAUAUUCACUUGAAAUUAAUGAACCUAUUAAAGCUACUGAUUACUACAAUGAGAACUACUUACCUCUGCUUUGGAGAUUAAUCAAGAAACCGGAUUUAAACAAUUUCAGGUCAUAUUAUAUGUCUAAUUACGAAAACAAAGAAACAUCCCCAUUAUUAAGCAUAUUUUUAAAACAUGAACCAAAUUUGAAACUUAUUCAAUAUCUUUCACCAAUUGUUAAAUUUGCACAAAUAUUGUCUUCAAGUCUUUCCAAUAAUAUUGAGAGGAAAGACACACGACAAUUAACCUUUCAGCAAUUUAUAAAUAAUGAAAGUGAAAAUGAUGACACUGGAAAAACUAGAGAGUCUUUGAAUGCAGCAUUUAACAACUUUGCGACCUCAUGGAACUGUUUGACUCCACAUAUUAAACGAUAUGGUUGUAAAGAAUUGCCACAAGAAAUCCCUAAACUAGAUGAUCAAACUUCAGUAGUUUAUGGAUUAUAUAUGCAUGAACCAACUGAUGAGUCCUUAUAUAUAAGUGCGGUAAUAGAAUACCUGGUUCAAUUACAGAAUGAUUUUCUAAAUGAUGUUAUCGAAAUUUCACCUAGUGCUUGCCAAUCAUUAAAAUUUAUUGAAAUAUCAGACAUUCGAGGCUCGAGAUAUCAAUUACAAUCUAUCAGUCUUGAAAAUGCAAAAUUAGAACAAAUAAUUACUUACGUUAAUGUUAAUGAGGUCUUUUUAUAUUGUCAAUAUAAUCUUAAAGUAGGUCACGGUCAAGAAAUUUAUUAUGAUCUAUACAAGAUUGAAGCUGAAUUGGCUUUAGAAUUGGUAUAUAGAAAAAAAUUAAUCAAUGUUAAUGAAGAUAAAAUGUAUUUGAAUGCAUUUUUAUAUCAUAAAGAAUUAUUUAAUAGAUUUAUGACAAUAUUAAAAGAGAUUAAAGAUUUAAUACCCCAAGAAUCAAUACCCACUAAUAAUAAACCAGAAAUAUCAGAAAAUCAAACGGAAUUACUUUCAGCCCUAGAGAUAAUUAUUUGUUUCCUAAAACAAACAUCUGGAAGAGACUGCAAUACAUUUAUUAGCGAUUAUAUAAAAAAUUGGAUAGAAUCAAGUGUGAUGAAAAGGAAUAAUAGUAGUUAUAAAUUUUUGGCAGGGACUGGAUUGCAGCUUAAACAUAUUAUGGCAUUAUAUGAGUUAGUUGAAGAACAUGUAGCUGAAAAGGUUGUUAAUUUUUUACCUUCAAAGUAUCAAGUUGAAUUAAAUGUACAUAUAGAGCAAGAUAUUUUAAAAGCAAUAGAUUUUGAAGAAAAAUCUACAGGAAUUCCUGCACAUGCGUUCUUGACCGCUUUGAAAAGAUUUAUUGUAAGAUAUUUGUCAACUGAUAGUGAAAUAAUUAAAGAAAAUAUCCAGCUUUCUUUAUGUCUUGCAAAAAAUGAUUCUCUUGAGUGUUGGCCUGAUUAUGUUUCUGAAAAUGUCAUAGAAACUAAAUUUCCAACUACUUUAUUAACUUCUCAUGCAUAA